AUGGCAGAUGAAGGAAUUUUGAGGAGAGGUGAUGGAGCCGAUGAAGAAGGAAGAUUUGAUGAUGGUGAGCAGAGCAGAAGCAGGAGGACGUUGUUGCUGGUGAUGGCGGGCAGUGGAAUGAUUGGAGCGGUCGUCUGCACCAUUCUGGUGGCCUCCGUUUUUGCCCUAGCAGCUUCAACAACUACUACAACAGAUUCAACCACUACUACAACAGCUUCAACAACUACUACAGCUUUAACUACGGUCACAACUACCAACCUAGCAACAACAGCACAACCGCAACAGUUGAUCAGAUUUAGCCUGAGUAUGGAAAAUGUGGCUAAUUAUAAUUAUUGUUUCUUUGCAGUUUCUUAUUCUUCUACUUACUCUAUAGAUAUAGCUGUUCCUCUCUAUAACAACCAGAGCAUACCGGAAGAUGUUAUCAGUGGCGGGAACUACAAGUAUAAAAUGAUCGGUUUGGUAUUCAACCCUUCGAACAAUCAGACGAAUACUACUUUUGAUUUCAUUAAAAUCGAAGUUGCAUAUUUUUAUUUUUAUUUUAUCCUUUUUGUGACCAUUGUGGAGGAGCGAUAUUGUAGCGGUAAAGUGCCUGACACUGCCUCUGCAGUGACUGGAUUCGAUUGCAGAGUGUUCUCCGCAUAUCACAUGCAAUGUGUUUGA